UCCAACAAGUUGGCAGAACGUUUCGCAAUGUUCACUAUCAAGCAAGCACUUUUUAUUACAGUUUCAUCAUUUUACCUGGCACUUCUCAGCGAUUCCCAACAGCUUCUCGAAAAAAAGAAAGUGACCGUCGACAUUGACAAAUCGCUCACGAAAUACCUGGUGAAAUUUUACAAACACCGUCUCGUCGAAGGCCAAAACAAUGCGCUAGCUCCCCUGCUGGAUCUGUACGCGCUGGUGCUGCUGUACAAAGUGUCGGAUGCCUCGGCCAAAACGGACCUUCACACCCUGCUGGGCAUUCCGGAGGACGCCGAGGAUGUGACGAUGGACAAGUUUGAGGCCAACAUUAGGCUGUAUCUUGAGCGAUUUGGGGGGAAUUCUGUUUUUGGAACGCAACUGUUCGUCGAUUCGAGAAUCAAAGGUGUUACAAGAGAGUUGCAGGAUAAAAAGUUCCUCACAACUUCAACGAUUAACUUUGGGCAAAAAAUAGAAUUUCAACAAAAGAUCAACAGUUGGAUGUCGGGCUUGGCAAUGUCAAACAAUCACCACUUUGUGCACAGCUUCAAUUUUGACGACAACACAGUUUCACUUAUCUUGCAAGUGGUGGCAGUUCGUUGGAAGCUUCCAUUGGCACUUUCGACUCCUUCAAAGGCAUUUCUUGGAGACCAGGUCAAGUAUUUGGAGGGAACACUCGAAGCUAGUUACGCCAAAAUUGACAAGUUGGGAAUUCAAGUCCUGGAACCGAUCCCUAGCGAUUCAGACGUGAAAUUGUGGCUGAUUCUCCCAAAUUCGAUGGUCACCUUUAUCAAUAAAACAGUUGGAGAAGAAACACUUGAUGAAAUUGCUAAAAGUCUACGCAACAAGCAGCAAUUUGUAAAAAUGUCGAUUCCUCAAGUAAACAUCGAGUUCAACUCAGAGGAAAACGCGUUUCUACAGAACAAUUUCCACGUGCUUUCGUCAAUGUUCAGUUCUCCUUCAAUCAGGUUGGAACUUGACAAGGAGGACAAGCAUCCCAUUAAGGGAUUUCUAAUGCACUGUUUGUUUCAGUUUGUGGAAGACAAUUCGGCUAGAGUUCCUCAACAAGGAACUUUGGCUGUAAACUUCGAUAAACCUUUCACCGUGAUGGCGCUGACCAAGGACACCAACAUUCCGCUGCUGAUGGCAAGCUUCUUUUCCGUUAAGGAUAAAAUGCUUGCCAUGGAAGAUGAAGAGCAAAGUUUAGCUGAACAAGUUGCUCAAGAAGAGCUUGCGAAUCGGGAAGAUCUUUAACAGUUUUCAACUGUUUAAUUUCAUCAAAUUGAAUAAAUACAAAGAAAAACCUUCAUUUCAAAAUCCUGUAAA